GCGCAUCGGCGGUGUCUUCCGCCCUGAGUGUCCCACUCCUCCGUCCAUUCCCCCCGGGAAGCGGCGGCACACUUCGCCGACGAGGAAGCAGCAAAAGCAGCGUAAUGAGUAGGCAGCCGUGGAAAAGUGUUUGGAAAUGUAGAAAAGUGUGGUAAUGAGGAUCAAAGUCAGGCCGGUGGAUAAGUUCACGAGCGUGGUCAAGUUGAACAGUCAGGGUCAUGGACUCCAAGGUCGACCCGCACCGCGUGGACGUUGGCGGCCAUUGGCAUGUGACGCACAAGGAGGUCGAGCUUGAAGCGAGGCCCCGGGACGUGGAGGAGGGCUGGAGACUGGUGGAAGUGUUGCUCUCCGGAGGUGCGCCGUGGGGAUUCACGCUGCGAGGAGGACUGGAGCAUGGUGAACCUCUGCUCAUCACCAAGGUGGAGGAGGCCAGCAAGGCGGCAGCUGUGGGUCUGCAGGCGGGAGACCAGCUGCUCAACAUCAACCACAUUCCCCUCAGCGGCUACAGGCAGGAGGCGAUCUGCCUGGUGAAAGGAUCCCACAAGAUGCUGAGUCUCAUGGUGAAAAGGAAUAUGAAAAUGGUGGACAUUGUAGCUCAGAAAAUGCCUUCAGAGAAUGAUGUGCAUGUGGCCAGAAGUUUCCUCACCAAGAUUUUGAGAAGUUCCAUGAGGCGCAAUGAGCCCAUAAGCAGGCCUCACUCCUGGCACUCCACCAAGUUCAACGAGAGCCAAGCGGAGUCGGCCAAGACGCAGACUCCGCCCGCCGCGGCGUGGCACAGUGCGUACGAUGCCAGUUCUUCAUCGACCGAUCUGUCCACUGGCUGGGAGCAAACCAACCUCUGCAGGGUUUCUGACCAUUUUAGCUCCCUGGGCAGCAUGGACAGCUUAGAACAGGUCCCCCAUCCGUACCCGGCCGGUCAGCUGUCCCCCGCCAAGUCCAACAACAACAGCAUGGAGCACCUCGGUGGAGGCAAGCGAGACUCCGCCUACAGCUCCUUCUCCACCAGCUCCGGAACGCCAGACUUUACGCUCUCCAAGAGCAACGCCGCCUCCACGGAGAACGUGCUGUACAAGGUCAACCAGUGGGAUGCGGGGGGGAGGCACAGCAACGGCAGGAACAGCCAAAGUGCGAUGGAGGGAGUCAGACCGGAGGACAAGCUCAUGUACUUUCAGAUGCCGGGAGGCUGCGACGCGCCUCAGAACGACGACCAGGCCGGAUCCCGCCAUUCCACAUCUGGCAGAAUGAGUUACGGGCCGGUCUGGCACGUUCCGGAAAAAAAGAAGACCUCCUCUCCUUCGCCGCCCCCACCGGCGCCCCCUGCCCGCAGUGACAGCUUUGCUGUCGCCAAGGAGCGAGGGCUUGUCAUAGCUCACCCAGAAGUGCUUAGUUCUCGUGUCCAGGGUAAACCUUCUGCUGAAGAUCGUGGCGGUCACAACCUUUCCCCCCAAAAUGAGCGGGGUACUUUUUACUCUCACAGCUCCAACAAGCAACACUCCCUCUCCAGCAGUGACGUCCGGUCAGGUCAGCCCACCCAUCACAGGCACCACGGCGACAAAAGCACUUUCCCUACGCAACCGUGGGCUACGACCGGCCCGAAGAACAUCAGUGGCUACUUCUCCAGCAUGCAGGAGCUGCCCACUAAUAGUUCUGCACAACUGACAAGCCAGAACCCCAGGAGAAAUGUCAGCACGUCUCAAGCUCUUGACCCCAGCACUGACCCCGCCGGACAUAGCCGCUACUACUGUGUCACCACAUGCCAGCCUGCAUCCGGGAACCCCGAGGACAGGAAAAGUUCGGACUUAACCCAGACCGGAAAUGAGCAGAACCCUCUUAGCCAACAAACGCACACCAAAGCUAAGUAUCAGUUGUCUCCACAGCCGCAGUACUCCUCUAACGGGUACAUCAAGCAGCAGGUGACCUCUGUUCUGGAGACUCCGCCCCCUAAUGUCACCGCUGACGACGGCAGGAAGCAUCGAGGACCAAACGUACAAAAUGAGGAGGCCCAGCGCCCGAGCAAACUUUCCGAACAACGGCGGUCGCUUCCUCUGCAGCACAGAGAACUUCCCCAAGAUGUGAGACAACACAAGAUCAGCCCCCAGACCACGCCCAUGCUCCAUCGCUUGUCCUUGGACGCCAAAGCAGAGACGGACGAGACGGUGGAGUCCGUGCAGAUGAAGCGCAACGACCGCUUUGCUACAACCUUAAAGAAUGAGAUCCAGAUGAGAAGAGCCAAGCUGCAGAAGAGUAAAAGCGCUGCAGCUCUUCCCGGCGAAGCUGACGACGUUCAGGACGUAUGGAAGUCCAACAAGAAUUGCAGCCCUGCUGUGGCCAACAGCCCCUUCACCAACACCUAUAAGGAUCAUCUGAAGGAAGCACAGGCGCGGGUGCUGAAGGCUACGUCCUUCAGGAGGAAAGAUCUGGAACCUGUGUUGCUGGAGCACCCCUCAGCUGAAGCUAUACCCAGUUACCCAGCCUCAGCCAUGGCUCGGAAAGACCUAACUCCUGUCCCAGCGGUCUCAGAGCUGGCCAUGAGACAACCUGCCACUCCGGGUUGUCCAGUAAUGCGCAUUGGUGGCCGAAAGCGCAUCCAGGCCGAAAAGAAGGUAAGGUCCUUCUCGGAACCUGACAAAAUCCAUGAAGUCGGCGUACAAGAAGAAGAAAGCAUGAGCACGUCAUCGGACCAACAGAAACUCUUUAAAGAAAACGGGAAACCUGUGGUUCCCGAUCAGGCAUCUUCCCACCGCACCAGAGAGAACCCCAGUGGUCGCACAGCUGCUGCUUUGGACAGCCAAACAGAAGCCGUUAAUGACCCUCAGGAAGGUCCGUACUCUGUGUUUGACCAGCAACGACUGGGGACCUUCGCCGAGUACGAGGCCAGAUGGAACGUCCAGAAGAAACCCGCAGAGACCAGAGCCUCUGGCCGAUUCCGGUCUGCUGACAACAUCCUGGAUCCUGGGUCUGAGGAGAGAGCCAAGUCUGCCUGUUGUCACGAGAGGUCCAGGUCUUCCCCCUCGGCGGACGUCUACGCACAGACAACUUGUGUUGCUGCGAUAACAACACCCGAGAAGGAACAAUCUCAGAUGGAGAAGAACCCGGCCGCCUCGAGCUCCCCGGAGGGAGCAGCGAGGGGCGGCGAGCGUGCGUCCGCGGCUGCCGACCGCACUCCCGCGCAGCUCCUCCCCUCGCCGGCCCAGGAUCCCGCCAAGUCGCCGGCCCCGCCCAUAUGUCCUCAGACCGACCCGCAGCAGCAGUCCCCAAAUCACACCCGCAGUGGCGAGGCCGACCCCGCCCACCCUCCUCAGGCCCAGGGCAAGGUGGCGGCUGACCGUCCGCCUGGGAGGACGCUGGACGCCAUGGAGGGGCCACGCCCGCCUUCGCCGCACUUUUCCCCGCAGAGACUCAGCGACAAACCUCCCGCCUGCCUGCAGGACCACGACUCUAACGGGGUGGAAAACGUGUCGGAGAAGCCGAAAGUGAAGAAAGUUCCCGUCAGGACCCUGCGGGACCCUGAGAGCGGCUCCUCUGCGGCGAGUGGCGGCCCCGACAUGAGCAGGCUGGGCAGCCUGGGGGCGGGCGGGCAGGACUCGCUCUUCUGCGCCUUCAGCCGCCAGAGACCAGCAGGGUCUUCACCUCCCGGUCCACCCGAGACCCCGGAGGACCCCGACAGGACCCGUGUGGAGGACCCCGACAGGACGGCGAGGGUCUCUGAGGAGCAGAAGAGGGAGGAACUGGCCCGGGACAUCAUGGACAAGGACAAGUCCCUGGCAGAGAUCCUGGACCAGAGCAAGAUGAAGACCACCAUGGACCUGAUGGAGGGCAUCUUCCCUCAAGGGGAGCGACUGCUGGACGCGGCAAACCAGCGCAGGAAAGGCCCAUCCAAGUCCGCCACCACACGCCCUGUUGAAGAAAGAGAAAAGGAGGACAAUAUGGUUGCCAUGGUCACCAGCUCCGCCUACUACAGUACUUCAGCCCCCAAAGCCGAGCUCCUCAUCAAAAUGAAGGAUAUGCAGGACCAGAACGAGGACGAGGACUACGACGACGAGCUGGACAUGGACUUGGCCAACAAGAAGCAGGAGCUGAUCUCCAGCCUGAGCCAGAAACUGCAGGUCCUGCGUGAGGCGCGCCACAGUCUGCAGGAGGACGUGCUGGACAACAACGCUCUGGGCGAGCAGGUGGAGGCCCGAGUCCAGCAGGUGUGCAAGCCCAACGAGCUGGACAAGUUCCGCAUGUUCGUGGGGGACCUGGACAAGGUGGUCAGUCUGCUGCUCUCCCUGUCGGGGCGUCUGGCCCGGGUGGAGAACGCCCUCAACAGUCUGGACCGGGACGCCACGCCCGAGGAGCAACGCACGCUGACGGAGAAGAGGAAGCUGCUGAUCCGGCAGCACGAGGACGCCAAGGAGUUGAAGGAGAACCUGGACCGGCGGGAGCGCGCCGUCUACGAGAUCCUGGCCAGCUACCUGGCGCAGGACGGCAUGGCGGACUAUGAGCACUUUGUCAAGAUGAAGUCGGCGCUCAUCAUGGAGCAGCGUAAGCUGGAGGACAAGAUCAAGCUGGGCGAGGAGCAGCUCAAGUGUCUGCUGGACAGUCUGCCAGCGGACCAGAGGCGGGCCUUCUGACACCCCGGCCGCACUUCCUGCCCGCGUCCAGCAGAGGGGGUCAGAAACACACACACACACUGUACAUUGCAUCAAGCCUCUCCUUCUUCUUCUAGUAAUUUAUUGUAGCCUUUUGGGUCUGCAAAGGAAGUCCACGCCACCUCACUUCCUGUUUCUCACUUCACCAAUUUCACUUGACAACUAUUCAGUAUCAAUCACUUGGAUGUGCUACUUUUGUUUACACACCUUCUUCUUCUUCUUGCCUUGUUUGCACCACUCCUGUGGUUUCUUUCAUUUUCACUCACUUCUUCCCAACUUUAAAAGACACAACUUGCUCCGCCUUAGAACAAAUGUGUUCCAUUUUUUUUUUGGCGACCUGUUCUAAAAAAAUACAAAUAAAAACAGUGGAAUAAAAGAGCGAAUGUGACAAUAAAUAGUUGCAAUGUUGACUCCAAUAACGCAACGUUUUGUUUUUUUUUUCUUUAAAACUGCUCAAAAGAAUCUGCGAUGAGGUAGCGACUUGUCCAGGGUUUAGCCUGCCUUCCGCCCGAAUGCAGCCGAGAUAGGCUCCAGCGACCCCAAAAGGGACAAGCGAUAGAAAAUGGAUGGAUGCUCAAAAAAUAAUAAUGAAUCAAAAUUAAUGGUGGUAUGCUUCACGGUGGCAGAGGGGUUAGUGCGUCUGCCUCACAAUACGAAGGUCCUGCAGUCUUGGGUUCAAAUCCAGGCUCGGGAUCUUUCUGUGUGGAGUUUGCAUGUUCUCCCCGUGACUGCGUGGGUUCCCUCCGGGUACUCCGGCUUCCUCCCACUUCCAAAGACAUGCACCUGGGGAUAGGUUGAUUGGCAACACUAAAAAAUGGGCCCUAGUGUGUGAAUGUGAGUGUGAAUGUUGUCUGUCUAUCUGUGUUGGCCCUGCGAUGAGGUGGCGACUUGUCCAGGGUGUACCCCGCCUUCCGCCCGAUUGUAGCUGAGAUAGGCGCCAGCGCCCCCCGCCACCCCAAAAGGGAAUAAGCGGUAGAAAAUGGAUGGAUGGAUGAAUUA